CAGCCCGGGAGGCGUCUCCUCCGCAGCCCCCGCCCCCCCGCGCCGGUGCUGAAGCGCCUCGGCCGCUCCCCAGCAGCACCCCCGGGACAGCGGCGUCCCGUCGGCCCCGCCGCAGCACCAGGGCCUUCUUCCUUGCCGCCCGGCCCGGGCUGUCCCGCUGCUGCUCCGCUGCCGAGGACACCUCAUGGGAAAUAAAUAAAUUAAUUACCCCACUCAGCCCCGCGGCAGGGAGACGAGCCGGCGGCGGCCGCGGGAUUAGAGCCAGCCCGAGCUAGAGACCAGCUACCUGAAACAGUGAAGAAGUUGAAACUGUUUUUCCUUGUCUGCCAAUAUUCGAUGAAGAACACUUUAUUUUCUUCUCUCUUGGCCUAAUUGGAGAAGAGACAUAGAUCAAAUAUGCCACCAGCAACAGCAGCACCAGAGUACCCACCUCCAGAUGGAGGUUGGGGAUGGGUUGUGGUCUUUGGUGCUUUUAUCUCCAUUGGAUUUUCCUAUGCAUUCCCUAAAGCCAUCACAGUAUUCUUCAAAGAAAUACAAGAAAUCUUCCACACAUCAUAUAGUGAGAUAGCCUGGAUAUCAUCGAUAAUGUUGGCUGUCAUGUAUGCAGGAGGUCCCAUAAGCAGCAUUUUGGUGAAUAAGUAUGGUAGCCGGCCUGUGAUGAUAGCAGGUGGAAUCCUGUGUUCAUUUGGAAUGAUUGCUUCCUCUUUCUGCAAUAGCGUCCUGGAACUUUAUCUAUGUAUUGGUGUUGUUGGAGGUCUGGGUUUAGCAUUCAACUUACAGCCUGCCUUGACCAUGAUUGGCAAGUAUUUCUAUAAGAAGCGUCCCAUUGCUAAUGGAUUGGCCAUGGCUGGAAGUCCAGUGUUUCUGAGCACAUUGGCACCUCUCAAUCAAUUCCUCUUUAAUGCAUUUGGCUGGAAAGGAAGCUUUCUCAUUCUGGGAGGACUUCUUUUGAACUGCUGUGUAGCAGGGUCUCUUAUGAGACCUGUUGGACCGAAAACAGUCCAUCCUGUGAAAAAAGAUGUUGAAAAAGGCACAGGAGAUUCUACCUUGCACAAAAACAACAAGAAGUCUUUUUGGCAAACUAUGAAUAAAUACCUAGAUCUGUCCCUCUUCAAACACAGAGGGUUUCUGAUCUAUUUGUCAGGAAAUGUCAUUAUGUUUAUUGGCUUCUUCGCUCCAAUAGUAUUCUUGGCUCCUUAUGCAAAGCACAAGGGAAUUGAUGAAUAUUCUGCUGCUUUUUUACUAUCUAUCUUAGCCUUUGUAGACAUGUUUGCUAGGCCUUCAAUGGGACUAGUAGCAAACUCCAAGUUUAUCCGGCCAAAGAUUCAGUACUUUUUUAGUUUUGCUGUCUUGUACAAUGGCAUCUGUCAUGUCUUGUGCCCUCUAGCAACAAAUUAUACUGGCUUGGUGAUAUAUGCUGUAUUUUUUGGGUUUGCAUUUGGAAUGGUUAGCAGCGUUCUUUUUGAGACACUGAUGGACCUCGUUGGGGCUGCCAGAUUUUCCAGUGCGGUUGGACUUGUCACCAUAGUGGAAUGUUGCCCUGUGCUCAUAGGCCCUCCUUUAGGAGGUUGGUUAGUGGAUGUUACUGGUGAAUAUCAGUACAUGUAUUUUGUCUGCGGAGUGAUUGUGAUUGUGGCCAGUAUCUGGUUAUUCAUUGGCAAUACCAUUAACUACAGGCUUUUGGCAAAAGAAAAGAAGUUAGAAGAUGAGAAGCAGAAAGCACAGAAGAAUGCUGACCCAAAGGAAGCAGAACCACUAACAAACAAUGAGAGUGAUGAUGCUGCCAGGAUUGCUGAUAAAGCUCUUGAAGAUCCUUCAGAGAGAGAAACCAAUAUUUAACCUGCAAUAUAGCUCAGAAGGCAACAUUUCUGAGUUCCAUUAGAAGUAUGUCUUCAAGACACAGACCAGGUUUUGUAGUAAAAAUGAUCAGUCACUAUAUUGGAUGGGAACAGAUUUUUGCCCCAUUGGCAAGACUCUAAGUUAAAUUACUAUCUACAGUUUAUUUAUUUCAGUAAUACAAAAUUGAGAUUACAGAGGUAGUGACUCCAUCCAAGUAAGUCCAUGACACUAUGACUCUCGACAAUCAGGAGUCAGGUAAACCAGACUAUAUAGUCUUCCAAUAACAAACGGUUCUGUUUCAGAAGUAUAUGUAAUGCAAAAGUGUCUCCUGCUCUUGUUUGUGAAGAUACUUUGUGUUCAUCUUUUAAGUAUUGUUAAAUUCUGUUGAAAUAAUAUGCCCAAACUGUACCUGCCACUGCUAUUAAAAAGAAUACAAGAUCUGUUUCAAAAGAGACAGAGUACCCGAGCGAAGCACACUGAAACUUUUUUGUAUGCCCACUAGAUCAAAAAGAUACAACAUGUCUGUAUAACCAAUUAUAAGAGGGAUGUAAAAGUUAAGUCUGGAAGACAAACAGUUGGUGGGCACCAUCUCUAAAAUACAAUAAACAGCUGAGUUACAGUAUAUUCUAGAAGUUGUUUCCUCCUGUGAUAGCUGACUACAUUGUACUUCAACAUGGACAUUUGAACACAAAGUACAUUCACACCCCAGUAAUUCAAACUAGAGCUAAAAUUUGCCUGUAUAUAGAAGGAUUUAGACCCAAUAUGUACAUUGCUAGCAAAAGUGCCAAUUUGUUUGAUUAUGUAUUCCUAUAUGGCUGAAGGAUCUGGAUUGGAUUGUGAAGCAUUCUUCCUAAAGGGACUAGAUUCAGAACCUAUUGAUGUUAAAAGGAUACUUACCUUUGGCUUUUGUGGCCUGAAUCGGUUUCAUGGCACUGACUUCAAAGUAGAUGCUUGGGUUUGCUGGCAACUCAUUCGUUGCUUGAUAGUUUACUGAGAGAAGAUUAAAAGUCUAACUUUACGUCUUUGCAGACAAGUAACUUCAUACCACUUCUCACCUCCCUUUCCCAUGUACUUAGUAAAAAACUACUCUUUUGUAAUGAAAGUUCAACAAAAUGCUGCAAGAGACAUUGAUGGAAGUUUUGAAUUGCUGUAUCAUUCUUGUGCAGGAUAUUUGCUCUUGUGUCCAAAAUUACUCAUGUCAAUUAAAAUCUUUACAGUUUUUCUUCUUCCUUCAGGCAAAAGAAAGUAUAAGUGUACAAUUUUACAUAAAUCAUUUAGCAUUGCACUUGAAGGCUAAAAGUGCAAGCUUUUGGAAGUAUUAAGUGAAAAUAUUUCUGUUCUAUUUGUAGGUGAGGAAAGGUGCUAUUCCUUUUGGAGAGAUGCAUAUAAAUGCCUCAGAAGUUGUGAAAAUUAAGGGUCUGAUUCAUAAAACAUUUAUGCACUGUUUAUGCAAGAUACACAUACACUCAAUUCUGGGAAAAGAAUAUGAUUCAUUUUAUCAUUCUUUUAAAUCUCAAAAUGUUGCAAAUACAUUUUACUGACAGCUAGCUGUGUUAAGCACACUUUGACGCACCAAUAGCAAAAGAAAAAAAAUACCAGUAAAAUCGAGCAGAUUUGGGAGUGCUUUUAAGAAAGCCAUUUUUUUAAUAGCAGUGUUCAGUAGUAUUAUUUUCAGGCUUCUAAAAAUUUUGGUAGUGCUGGCUUCUGUUUUGCUGGGUUAUCAUCUUACAUAUUACGAAGUUCCACAGUAAUGCUGAACUUUUUCAUUAUCUCAGCAAUGUUUUGGGAAAGAAGCAUCACGAAUCUACACACAGCAUGGUACAGAAAGUAAUACCUACUUUUUACCUAUUUAUAUGCAGGAAAAACAAAUAUCAUCUACAAGACCUGUAAUUUUAUGGGUUCAUCAGCAAGGAACUAUGUGCAUUUUGGAGUUUUGGGAGAAAAUAUGCAUUACAUUCUCAGAUUUGAACAGCAAACUGGCUAAAGGAGAAAGACUUAGUCCCAGUAAAAUUACAGUUCCUUUUACAGGCCCCAGCCUCACAGAAGAAAUAAAUAUAUUGAACCUCCAUGGGAGCCAUAGCCCUGCCAGCACCCUAUGUGUUAAAAGCAUUGCGCUGUUCUUGGUUAUACAAACAUGCAGGGUGAAUUCCAGUAUCUGUCAAGGUCCUACAGGCCCAGAGCCAGAAAUCGAUGGGGAGUUUUAGAGACAAUAAGCUUUCAUUUAUUGAGGAAUAUAAGUUAUAAAUACCGGAUUGUGAAAAAUGAACUGGAAUUUUAGCCAAAGAGUAGUCAUCAGGAGCAUCACUGCUCUUGACAGCAAGUGGUAGAAAGGCAGAGUUUAUCUGAAAAGAAAUGAAUGUAGAGGCUGAACCAAAAUGUCUGAGGCAAAAUUCUAGGUGCUUAUUAUCUCUUUGCAAAAAAACAGUAUGAUUAAGAAUAAAGGGUAGA